CCCCUUUUCCUCCGCUAGCCUCAUCUCCUCGUCCUGCUUGUGUUAGGAUUAGAGAGCAUCCUCCAUCUGUGGGUGCCAGGCGUCGAAAUCGACUUGACGGCACACCUCAGUUUUACCAUUCCUAAAGUGUGGGAAGCUGCUGGCCCAGACCUGCAAGGAUAAUCACAGGCAAUAAGGGAGCCUUCUCCCAGAGGAGGAGGAGAAAGAAGAAGAAGAAAGGAUAAGAGCUCAGAUCUGGUGGGAACUGAGAAGUCCCCGGGUGGCACUGUCUUGGCACCCAUGGCACCAAAAGAAGGUACAGAGUGUUUCUAAAACUCAUGAAGAGAAUGGGAAGAAGUGGAACAUGAUUAAAAGACAUCCCUCUUAAUGUCUUCCUUGGAUUUUGACACUUUACCUUUUUUUAUACCGACAGUUCUUUUUUGCUAAAAAAAAAAAAAAAAAAAAAGGAACAUGUGCAUUGGAACAACCUGUUGGACAAGUUGAAAUUAAAAACAAAACACCUUUUUCAAGGAUCUAAACUAACCUGAACAUGAUUUGGUCACAAUAAGCAAAGCUGCACAUUAGUUACUUUUUCCUGGUGCCUAAGCAUAAAAUCUGCUUUUUAUGACACAGUACACUGUUUUGUACUGAUUUUUUAUUUUAUUUUUUAUUUUUUUUAGCUCUUAGCCUCUGUGGUUCUGUUUGUCUUCUCUUGCUUUCAAUGAAGGUCUGCCUGUAAUUCCAUAAAGCAAUUUGCACAAGUUUGUAGAAAACCUCUUUUCAAGAGACUUCAAAAUCAAGCUUGUAAAAGGAAAUCCACUAGUGGCUGAGACAGCCCAUCAUCCCUGUGCAAUGUGGACUUUUCUGGGCAUCGCCUCCUUCAUCUAUAUUUAUAAAAAAUGUGGGGACCUGUUGAGUUAUGCCAACAAGGAGGUGCUGAUCUCUAUGCUGGUGUUCUUUUCCCUUGGUUUGCUGCUCUCCCAUAGGUACCGGUCGAGGGGGCUCAAACUGCAGAAGCAACAUGAUUGCGGAAUGAUUUCUAAUUUCCUUGCCACUGUGCCAUUCAUUGGCUUUUUCUGGACUAAAUCCCAUGCUGGAUCUCCGGAGGCUCUGAAAUGUAAAUCUAGAAAGGGCAGAAGGGGAGUCAGUAUUUCAGCCGAGGCCACCACGGACACCGCUACAGCUUCAACACUCGCUCCUCAGUAUGAUCCGGAAAUUAUCAUUGUGGGGUCUGGUGUACUUGGCUCCGCUUUAGCAGCAGUGCUGGCAAGGGAUGGAAGGAAAGUGAUGGUAAUCGAGAGGGAUCUGAAGGAACCUGACAGGAUAGCUGGAGAAUUGUUGCAACCUGGGGGCUGUAAUGCUUUGAGAGACCUGGGCCUAGAAGAGGCAGUGGAAGGGAUUGAUGCUCAUACAAUAAACGGCUAUAUAGUCCAUGACCUAGAAAGCAAAUCGGAGGUUGACAUUCCUUACCCUAGUACAGAAAAUGGCCACGUACAGAGUGGAAGAGCAUUCCAUCAUGGGCGUUUCAUCAUGGGUCUCCGAAAGACAGCCAUGGCAGAACCCAAUACAAAAUUCGUUGAAGGAACAGUGGUCCGACUGCUUGAAGAAGACGAUUGUGUGGUGGGAAUUGUGUACAGAGAUAAAGAAACUGGUGACACAAAGGAGCUCCGCGCACCCCUCACGGUUGUUGCUGAUGGUAUCUUUUCAAAGCUUAGGAGAAAUCUUGCUUCCAACACAGUUAAAGUUCCAUCCCAUUUUGUAGGGUGCAUUCUAAAGGAUUCACCUCAAUUUAAACCCAACUAUGCUGAACUUGUUUUGGGGAGUCCUAAUCCAGUGCUUAUCUACCAGAUUUCUGCCUCUGAAACCCGAGUCCUUGUUGACAUUAGAGGUGACAUGCCGAAGAACCUUAAAGAAUACAUGUUUGAAAAGAUUUAUCCCCAGCUUCCAGAGCACAUACAGGAGCCUUUCCUAAUAGCUAUUCAGAAUGAUCCUUUGAAGUCCAUGCCAGCGAGCUUCUUGCCUCCUUCCGCAGUUAACAAAGCAGGAGUCCUUCUCCUGGGUGAUGCAUAUAACAUGAGGCACCCUCUAACAGGUGGAGGGAUGAGUAUUAUCUUCCAUGACAUCAAGAUAUGGAGGUCUUUGCUGCAGGCCAUUCCAGACCUAUAUGAGGAUGCUGCUGUUCUGCAGGCAAAAAAAUCAUUUUACUGGACAAGAAGAAAAUCCCACUCUUUUGUUGUGAAUGUUCUUGCUCAGGCUCUAUAUGAAUUAUUUGCUGCCACAGAUGAUUCUCUGCAUCAGUUGAGGAAAGCCUGCUUCCUUUACUUCAAGCUUGGUGGCAAGUGUGUAUCGGGACCAGUUGGAUUACUUUCUGUCUUGUCACCUAAGCCUAUUGUCCUGAUCGGCCACUUCUUUGCUGUUGCACUCUACGCCGUCUAUUUUUGCUUCAAGUCGGAAUCCUGGCUCACCAAGCCGCGAGCCAUUUUCAGUGGUGCUGCCGUGAUGUACCGGGCUUGCUCUGUCAUAUUUCCACUCAUAUACUCUGAAAUAAAGUCCUAAUCUAUUAGAGUCAGAGAGACAACACCUGCAGACUACUUCUCCUCUCACUCUCCAGUCUCGUGGAUGUGGAAUUGUCUUUGUCUUCUCCCUUUUGUUGGGGAGAAAAAUCGGACCUUUAAAAAAAAAAAAAGAUUGGGCUUUAUUUUGUGGUUUUUAGAUUACUGUUUGUCUUUAUAUAAAUAAGCAGCCGGAUUGAUGCACAUUGGUGGCACGAGAUUGCCCUGUACUGGUGAAUCCUGGCAUGUUGGCACAUGUGUAAUCUCCUUGCAAUCGCUUGCUGUGGUGAUUGUUCCGAGGAGCUGUAGUAACAGAGGUGGCAUUUAUGUAAAGAGCACCAUAAUCCAUGAGAGGGGGAGGGAGUUGCUACAGCUUCUGGAAAUAAAUUAUCAGAACAAGGAAUUGUAAAUAAUCUCUGAUCUGAUGCCUGUCAACCUCUGCCCUUUCCUCAUCCUCCUGGGGCCAGAACCACAGGUUGUAAAAAACCAUGUCAGUACAAGAGACAGGCUCUCCAUAAAUCACUGGCCUACUUUUCACUCAGAUGAUCUGGGCUAUACCACUUCAGACUGCUGAUGCAGACUUAUUGUGAUCAAAUGUUCUUCUUUACAAAAUAUAGCCUUCCACAUAGAAAACUAAUGUGCUAAGGAGCAGGUUAGGAUUGAACUCUACAUGUUUGCAAGUAAUUUUUUAUUUUUCUUUAAAUGAAGCAGCAUUUGAUCGUAUGAACCCCCAGCUACAGUUUGGAGUGGUGCAGCUGAGAUUCAGCUUGCUCAAGAUCAGCAAGUGAUCUUUCUGGGGCUUGUUUAAAUCCUAAGAUGAUUCCUAUAUAGCGGUAUUGUGCCAGCCCAGGCAUCCCUGCAGGUAUAACAGCUAGCUCGAAGGGUUUUUCAUGGCAGCAUUAUACAUAAUGGAAGGAUCUAGCUUUUAGAUAUAAAGAGAAUAUAUAUGUGCGUGUAUGUGUACUAUAAAUAUGCGCACACAAUAAAUGUGUAAAUAUGUCUUCCUUAUACAGAUGAAGUUUUUAAGAGGUAGAUGUUUUUACAAGGACACAGUUAACUGUUGUGAAAGAUAGCCGUUAAAAGCUGAUUCCAACAAAGGGCAUGUAAUUUAUUACUGGACAUCUCCCAUUAAUGUUGAUAAUUAAUUAAGGGAGAGCUCAUACCUGUUUUUUUCUUUUGUUGUCAUCCAUACAUUCCUUUCAUUGUCAUCAUUCCCUGUACUGAUGUGAAACUUCUCUCUACUGUAAGAUGACAUCUACAAGAGUUUUAUUCAAUUAAAGGCCCCACUUCUAAAUUAUUCCCUCUGGUAUAAACACUGGGAUCCUUUCAUUUGUUUUGUUUUUUUUUUUUUUAAAGCAUUUUGCUUCCAGUGUGCAAGGAGGUACACUGCUGCCCUGUGGGACUGUUUUAAAUCACAGCACAGGUGGAGGAAAUGCGGUGUGGGGGUGAGAGCACCCUCCCAAGUCCUUAAAGCUAUCCCCUGCCACCUUCGAACUGGCCAAAUUGCCAGACUUUGGAACCGGUUCAGAGGUCCAUAAAAGGGCCUCUGAGCUGGUUCCAUGCACAUCCCUAGGCGCUGUCCUACCGGGAUCGGGCCCAAUCCCGGCGGUUCUCACAUACAGCCUAAUCCAGGCUGGGCUUCCCUAGCCUGGGUUUGGCUGCGCAUGAGAACAGCCUCCUUGUCUCACUGACAUCUUGUGCAGUCUCCAAGAAGAGAACCAGCCUUGUUAGUUCCUGUAGGAUCUGGAUCUGUGCUAGUUGCUUUCUUUAUCUUCCUUAUGGCUCCCAUACCAUUUGUGCCCAAAUAUAGGACUCUGGAUGGUAUUCUGCCAUAUAAUGUAGGUCAGUUGAGAUAGCACCAGCUACUAUGAUGCCACAAUUGCUUGGAGAAAUACAGGUUGAACAGAAGAACGUUGUGCAAUCAGAGCAAUGUGUUGUUCUAACUUCUGUGACCUUGGAAAUCAUUGCAGCUUGAUAUUUCCUCAUGUAAGACUUGAGCAGCUGUGUGAUAGAGGAAGGGCCAGAGUUAUAUAUAUUGUGGACUAUCCCUUGGGAGAGUUUGGUCUGCACAAACACCAAUCACAUGGUAAAAUGUCCAGGACUAUACCACUUGAGAUUGCAGGGUGGCAGUGGGGGAGGGGUGGUGAGUGUGUGCACAUUUGACUGUUCCACAGUAGAACCCCCUGCAGCUAAAAAACAAGCAUAUCAGGGAGGAAGGUAGAUUGUAAUUCUUCUCACUGACAUCUAGUUUUCUAUAUGCAGAGUGCUUUUAUCUGGCAGAGCAUUUCUCAGGUGGGAGGUCAUGUUACCUCCCACUUGCAGAUCUACAGUUGUACUGUCCAAGAACAGUUUUACCAUGUGACUUGCUGUUUUUGUGUAGAUUAAUACAAAAAUGUCCCAGAUGGUGGUGGCUUGUCCAGUAUGGUUUUCUUUGGUAUUACACAUAUACUGUACAACAAAUGCAGGUGCUUUGGCAAUUUGGGGGCAAAAAUGCUCCACUCCUUAUAUUUGAAACCUUUCUGCACUGCUAUGUGACCAAACAAAUCGUUCUUAGAACUCCAUAAAUGUGGCCAAUUUGACAGUAAUGAUAGUACUGAAGAUUGUAUUAAAACACACACAACCAGAACAACUUCCACUGAAGCAAAGAGGAAUGUUAGGGAGUAAAUAGUUGUUUAAAUGCUUAAGUGGAAUUGCAUCUCCAGUUCUCAAACGUUUCUGUUUAAAGGGGGUGUGGGUGUAGAAUUUUGCAUGCUACAUCAGAUUCCUAAAUCCUUCUAACUUGGGGCCAUUACCUUCAUUACCAGCAGAGCCCAGCAGCAACAUGGGUCUUGUGGGGGAAGGCUGCUCAGCUCCUGCUUCUCCACAGCCCCAGCCAUUGUGUGAAUGACCUUUACUUCAGUACCAAGCUAUAGUAACUCCUCAGGGUCCUCUGGAUGUUUACGCAAGUAUUUACACAAUAUAAAUACAAUUUGCAUUUGGAGUAGGGAUUGGCCAUGAUUCCUGUACUGGGAAAAAUACAAACCUGUGGCUUCCUCCUCCCUUCUUCCUUCUUCGCCUUGGCACAGAUUCAAAUAUGAGGAUAGGAGUGUGUGACCAAACUGAUCAGGAAUCAUUUUUAUGUGCUCCAUGUAUGGGAUUUUUUUAAAAGGGUAAGUUUUCCAAGUUCUGCUGAGCACUUCCCUAGUGUUCAGAUUCCCUGUCCAGAAUAGGAGACUGGAGUAUCUAUGACUGAGUAUGGCUGUUAGAGUUCAUUUGAGAUUGGUUCUUCUUCAGUUUCUUUAGUACUCUUGCCCAUUCACAUUUCUACUGGAGUGAAUGGGGGCUGCUGAACUGAAGAUCAGGCUUGCCUCUAUUUAAGCAGAUUGCAUGGCAGUUUAUACAUGAGAUCAUAUGCUUUGUAUACAUUUGCAAUUACUUCCCUUCAUUCCUUGGAAUAGGGUGGAUUAAAAAUCUUUAAAACAUAUGAGACAAAUGUAUUUUUGUUGUACUCUGAAUAUUUACAUUAUCUGUCCCCAGAUUUGUUUGUGGGAGUGGAGAUUUGCUACACACGCAAAGGUUCCCCUUCUCUGACCCUUCAGUGGAAGAGUGACUCUACCCAUAACCCUACCAAAGAAUGGGCUAGCCUACAUAUGCUGGAGUUAUACAUGUGAAAUGAUACACAUGGAGUUCUGGAUCAAGGCAACAAAUUUUAUCUUUAAAAUGUUGGGAAAAUGCAUACACACACACCACCUAAUCAAUAUUUUCAUUAUUUGAAAUGAAACUCUGAUAUUAAAUACUGGAGGAUUUGCACAAGUCACAAACUGUACAGUUUGAUUCUGCUCAAUACAAAAAUUAAACCAUACUGAUUUAAAGAUGUACACUGUUUAAAGAUGUACACUGUUUGCAAUGCCGGUUUGUAACUUUGUAUAUCCUAGUUUUUAAUUUGUUUUGUUUGUUGUGAGACUUCUGGGAAACAGACCUUAUUGACAAAGAAACCAAUCUUCUAAUGCAGCUAAAUACUUCAAUAAAUGUUACAAUACUUUG